UGGUGAAAUCAUGGGAAAUGGAAGCUUCACAUAAAACUAACACUGAGGAUUGGCAAACUGUUGACACAGAAGCUUUCACCAUCCGCGCGAACAACCAGCGCUCGUUUUCGCUGAAAGAAGGGAUUGAAGAAGGAAAUUAUAACGUACUGAUGCAAAACCAGCCGCUGUACAACAGUAACGCUCAUACGUUUGAAUCGUCACAUGAUUUGUUCAGGUCUACAUUCGACCAAGGGUUUCCAUGGGAACUGAUAGAAGUGUUUUCAGGACCUCCACGGGUGGCCUUUUCGUGGCGCCAUUGGGCCCACUGGACGGGCCCCUACAAAGGAAGAGCCCCAACGGGCGAACUGCUUGAAAUGUAUGGAAUGGCUAUGGCCGAGGUGGACGAGAACCUAAAAAUCAAAUCAAUUGAUGUUCAUUAUGAUCCUAACCAGCUUUUGAUGAAGUUGGAAGGAAAGGAGUGUUGAAAUAGCUGCAGAAGCAACGUACGUCUACGAUGAAGCGUCACAUGACGCUCAUAGCUCAAAAUGGUCCAAAAACUGUCUGUUGAAUUAAAUUUAAGAGAAAGAAAAUAGCUUUAGCGCAUAGUAACUCUGUGGCUUGUUUGCGGUAAGCAAGAAAUAUUUUUUAACUAGGAGACGUCAUGGUAGCAAUUAGAAGACGGUCUUGAGGUUUCUUUAACCAACAUCGUUCCCAGGAUCUCUCUUACUCGUCUCUUUGCCGGAUUGACGACGGAGGUAACAGGAACGAGAUUUUCCACCACACUGAGCAAGCGAAGACUGACCCAUGUUAGAAUCCCUUGGUGCAAAUAUUCCAACAU